AUGACUGAAAAAGCUGUAGUUUUCCAAAAUUAUAAUCAAGAAUUAGUAAAGUGUAUUGAAGUCCUUAAAAGAAAAAAGCAAAAAAUUAAAUUGGAGAUCGCACAGGAUGAAAAGAAUAAGGAAGAUAUAGCUGCUCAAAUUAGAGGGCUUCAAGAAAAACAAGAAGGGAUGGACACAGAAAUUUCAAAGAAAAAGAUAACUUAUGCUAAAAUCAAUGACACAUUAGAGCAAUCUGAUCUUGGACUUUCAAAAAUCAUCGAUUCGUUGCAAGUUCUUUUAAAUUUUGCUGCAUCCAAAGAAGGGAGUGAUUAA